UAAAUUGGAUAGAGGGAGUACAAUGACAACAAUAAGAGAGAGAUGGGAAGCAAAACUUUUAAAAAAAAUUACAAAAAAACAUCUUAAAAAGGACUACCUAUACAACUUACCCUGACCUCAAUCUUUUCUCACACUUUUUUCCCCAAAACAAUCGUUCCUCACAACAAUCCCUCAAGGUAAAAAAUUGUUAUUUUUUGGACGAAAAUGUCCUUCCCGUACAAAGCAAAUCAAUUCGUGGGUCCCAAGUAGUAUAUUGCUGGAGCGCAUCUUUGUACUGCCGGAGCACGUUCUCAUAAUCCCGGAGCGCUGUGGCUCGGACCUGCAUUGCCGGAGCGCACAUUCAAAAUGCUGGAGCAUUUGCUUAUAUUGCCGCAGCGCAAUCCUCCAUUGCCGGAGCGUUAUGACUCCAGAGACUUCAUUACCGGAACGCAUCUUUGCACUACUAGAGCGUUGUGGCUCUGACCUGCAUUGCCGAAGCGCACAUUCAGAACGCUGGAGAGCUUGUUUAUACUGCCGCAACGCAGUCCUCCAUUGCCGAAGCGCUAUGGCCCCAGAGACUUUAUUGUCGGAGCGCAUCUUUGCACUAUUGAAGCGAGUUCUCAUAAUGCCAGAGCGCUGCGGCUUAGACCUGCAUUGCCGGAGUGUACAUUCAGAAUGCCAAAGCACGUGUUUGUACUGCCAGAGCACAUGUGAAAACAGGAGAGAGAAUGCCGUGUGAAAAUAAACAAGAGUAGUUUAGUCUUAUUUCAUGCUACUGUGGGUUGGGGGUAAUUUGCGAGGAAAGGUUGUUUGGAAAAAAAAAGGAGAGAAAAGAUUGAAGUGAAGUAAGUUGCAUAAACAGUCCAUUUAAGGAUGGUUUUUUUGUAAUUUUUUCAAAAUUUUAUUUGUACAAAAAAAAAAAAAAAAAAAGAAGAAGAAAGAAAGAGAAAGAAAGAUAGAUGGGGUGCAAAAAUAAACAAGUUUGGAGUGAAUUUUAAGAAAACCAAAGCCAAAAAAGUCCGUUUGUAUGACUUUCCUCCGAUGCAAUGACUGGAAACCAAGCAAGAAUAUAUGCCUCACGAUUAGGGCCUAAAAAACCGCCCCACAUCGCUCCCUCUUAUUAAACACAUGCUUAAGCCACAAGAUUCACCAAACGCUUUUUCUCCAAAUCUAUAUUAAUUUAAAGACAAAGUGAAUUAAACUGUAAAUGGAGGGUUUGGAUCUUGCAAUGGCCAGUAUGCCUUUUAGAAUCUGGACUGUCCAUUCACAUGAUGGACAACCAGGAUUGCCCAAUAAAACUUGGGCUGUCUAUGAAUCACACGUGUCAAGAAUGCACAUGCAUGAAUUCCAUUUGGUGGAAAAGGGCUAUUAAGUAUUAACCCAAACAAAACCAAUGCUUAACCUUUGAUUACUACUAAAAAGGUUAUUAGCCCUCAUUAAACUUAAUCUUAUGCUAAUGAUGUAUGCAAGAAGCAUCCUUUCUAAAGCAAAGCAAAGAUCUAGUAGAGCUCCAACUUGUGGCCACCCUCUUUAACACUUUUUUCACCUUUGGAGGAUUCCUUAAGAGUUUUAGGGCUUCUUGAAGUAGACUAUUUAGAGGGUUUAGAAGUCUUGUGUCCAUGGAUCGGUUACCAAUACUUGUCUUUCACCUUUAUAUCCCUUAAUUGAGUGUAGGCUUUUCAGUUUCUUGGGAAAUGGCAGCUCAAAGAAAGCUGCCCCAUGGGGGCCUCUACAUUCUUGCUCUUCUAUAUGUUUCUUUAGCAGCUGCCCUCCUCUUCCAAUGUGAUGCAAGAAGUGUUUCGAAACGGUCGAGGACUUCAAUCAGGAGCUCUUCAAGACAGCUCAAGAAGUACAGACAAGUGAGCCACAUUGAUGUCUCUCCCACUCUGGAUCUCUCGCCGACGAGCGAAGGCAUGUAUCUCGAUGCCCUUGCUCCGGGUGCCUAUAUGGAUGUUCUUCCUCCCAACACAUUUCCGGAGUCCCCCUUCCCCUUUUCUUAUUCACCUCCCUCUCCUCCUUACUGUGAAUACCCACCCCUUGCACCACCUUCUACACUCACACCCUCAAUCCCAUCCCCUACAACCUUCUCUGAACCUCCCCCACCACCACCCUUUUACUUUACUCCACUAGUCCCUAUACUCCCACCACCACCACCCUUUUACUUUACUCCACUAGUCCCUAUACUCCCACCACCUGAGUCACCUAACCCUUCAAAUCCAACUCCUUCAAUUACUUUCCCUAGCCCUCCAAGUUAUAACCCCAGUCCGCCAAAUUAUGAGCCUAGUCCUCCAAAUUAUGAACCUAGUCCACCUUAUAAUGAGCCUCCAUCUUAUGAACCUAGCCCUCCAAGCUAUGUGCCUAAUCCACCUACUUCUAUUCCAGGUCCCCCUAACUAUGAGCCAAGCCCACCAAAUUAUGGCUUCACCCCUCCUACUUACACAAGUCCUCCUGUGUUUGAGCCUCCAGUUGUGUUCCCUCCCCCAAAUGCACCACCCCCUCCAUUUCCAACCACUCAAGGAGGGGUGUGGUGUGUUGCUAAGCCAUCGGUGCCUGAUCCGAUUAUCCAAGAGGCCAUGAAUUAUGCUUGUGGGUCAGGGGCAGAAUGUGAGACCAUUCAGCCUUCUGGGUCUUGCUAUCAACCGGACACAUUGCUCGCCCAUGCUUCGUUUGCUUUCAAUAGCUAUUGGCAAAGAACAAAGGCAGCCGGUGGAACCUGCGACUUCGGCGGGACGGCCAUGCUGAUAACAGUCGAUCCAAGUAAGAGCAAUUCCACUCUCUCCCUCUCUCUCUAGGGGGUUGACAAACUUCAUUAAAAGUUAAUCAAAGAAGAUCUACAAAAUGAACAGAACACCUUAAUAAAGGAGUUAAACCACAAACCCAAGUGAUUAAACUGGUCCCUAGUGGUCACCUACAUGCAACGGGCGGCAGAAAGCUUUUCUCAUUUGAAUAAUAAUGUUCGGAUGCAUGUCCCAUCUAUGGGAAAUGAAAGACUGAUCUUGUGUUAUGGAUACAGGUUUUGAUGGGUGCCACUUCAUUGUCUAUUGAAGCAGAGAAGUUAAAAGGAGGAAACUCUUUUUGAUAAUUACUGGAGGACCUCCCAAACUAUUCUCACUAUAUAUAAAUUCUAGUGAAAAGGAGAGGUGCAUGCUCAUUGAGGAGGGGCCUGAAGGGAUUUUUGCUUUAUGUUCUGUAUUUAUCUAAUUUUGGCAUUUAUGGCCUUGCUUAGGGUAGGGCACCAUAGGAUACCAGGAAGAUUUGAAGAUACCACCUUUAGAGUAUCAAGAACCACUUGGAAUAUUUUGGAAUGUAAAAGGGGAUGGUAAUUGCAAAUAAAUAACCAAAAUCUAGAAAAUGAUACAUAUUUUUUCCAUUAUCAAUAGAAAUAAUUUAUUUA